AUGUGUAACGUCAGCGUGCUCGUGACCGGAGGCGCGGGUUACGUGGGAAGUCACGUCAUCGUCGAACUUCUCGGCGCCGGAUGUGACGUCGUGGUGGCAGACAAUUUCCACAACUCUCGUCCCGGUCAAGAUGGCGACAUGCCUGAGAGUUUGCGCAGAGUUCAACAAAUAACGGGGAGGGAGGUCACUUUCCACCGCGUCGACCUGCUGGACGAGGAUGCCGUCGACGCAGUCUUCAGUCAACACCGGUUCGACUGCGUCAUUCACGCGGCCGGUUACAAGUCCGUCGGAGAAUCGUGGAAGGUGCCUCUGGAGUACUACCGCAACAACAUCGGUGGUACCAUCAUACUUGUUGACGCGAUGAAGAAGCAUGGUGUGAGGCGACUCAUCUUCUCAAGCUCAAGCACGGUGUACGGGACGCCGGAGUACCUUCCUGUCGACGAGAACCACCCGACUGGACGGAACUGCACCAACCCGUACGGCCGCACCAAGUUCAUGGUCGAAGAGAUGCUCAGGGACAUCGGCAGCACCGAAAAGGGCUGGAGCAUCGUGCUGCUGCGUUACUUCAACCCGGCCGGAGCACACAGCUCGGGCGAGAUCGGAGAGGACUCGCAGGGCACGCCCAAGAACCUGGUUCCCCUGGUCGCCCAGGUGGCCAUCGGGAGGCGGGAAAGGCUGCACGUCCACGGAAAUGACUACGACACGCCGGACGGAACCUGCGUUCGAGACUACGUGCACGUCAUGGAUCUCGCCAAGGGUCACGUGGUCGCUGUGAACAAGAUUAUGACCGGGAGCCUGACGGGAAUCAAGACGUACAACAUGAACGGCGGCACCGGCGGCGCCUCCGUGCUCGAGGUCAUCGCCGCCUUUCAGGAAGCGUCCGGGGUCCGCGUACCGUACGACGUCCUGGAACGACGGCCCGGGGACGUGGCCAAGAUGGUGGCCAGCUCCAAGCUGGCUCGGGACGAACUCGGCUGGAAGGCAGAGAAGUCGCUCUUCCACAUGUGCGAGGACGUCUGGAGAUGGCAGAAGAAGAAUCCGACCGGUUACGCCAGGACGGGCAGCCAGAAUUCGACAAGAAGCUAACAAAUUCGACCGGCGAUUGCGGAAAUGGUGGUGGUGGUGGUAUAUCGACGAAUCUUCAUCCGCCGAAUAAAGUCUA